CCCCGCGCCACGCGGCUCGACCAAUGGGAGCGCGCGCAGCGAGGCUCCGCGGUCCGUGCCGCGGGUACUGAAAACCCGGCGCGCGCAAGCCGUCCCGCGCUCCGCGCACGCGAGGUCGGCGCGCGCUAGCCCGCGGGCCCCGAGCGCGCGCCUGACGCCCCUGCCCCGCCGGCGCGCGGCGACGCCCGGCCCCGAUGGACCCCCAGACCCCUACCCGGACGCCGACCCCGCGCUACUUCACCUGGGACGAGGUGGCGCAGCGCUCCGGGCGCGAGAAUGAGCGGUGGCUCGUGAUCGACCGGAAGGUGUACAACAUCAGCGAGUUCACCCGCCGGCACCCGGGGGGCUCCCGGGUCAUCAGCCACUACGCGGGGCAGGAUGCUACGGAUCCCUUUGUGGCGUUUCACAUCAACAAGGGCCUUGUGAGGAAGUAUAUGAACUCCCUCCUGAUCGGAGAACUGUCUCCAGAGCAGCCCAGCUUCGAGCCCACUAAAAAUAAAGAGCUGAUCUACGAGUUCCGGGAGCUGCAGGCCACCGUGGAGCGGAUGGGGCUCAUGAAGGCCAACCAUGUCUUCUUCCUGCUGUACCUGCUGCACAUCCUACUGCUGGAUGUUGCUGCCUGGCUCACCCUUUGGGUCUUCGGGACAUCCUUUGUGCCUUUCCUCCUGUGUGCGGUGCUGCUCAGCACGGCUCAAGCUCAGGCUGGCUGGCUGCAGCAUGACUUAGGGCACCUGUCCGUCUUCAGCACCUCUACUUGGAACCACCUGCUCCAUCAUUUCGUGAUUGGCCACCUGAAGGGCGCCCCCGCCAGUUGGUGGAACCACUUGCACUUCCAGCACCAUGCCAAGCCCAACUGUUUCCGCAAAGACCCGGACAUCAACAUGCACCCGUUCUUUUUUGCCCUGGGGAAGAUCCUCUCCGUGGAGCUUGGGAGACAGAAGAAAAAGUACAUGCCAUACAACCACCAGCACAAAUACUUCUUCCUGAUUGGGCCCCCAGCCUUGCUGCCUCUCUACUUCCAGUGGUAUAUUUUCUAUUUUGUUUUCCAGCGGAAAAAGUGGGUGGACUUGGCCUGGAUGAUCAGCUUCUACGCCCGCAUAUCCCUCACUUAUGUGCCGUUGUUGGGACUGAAAGGCCUCCUGGGCCUUUUCUUCAUGGUCAGGUUCCUGGAAAGCAACUGGUUUGUGUGGGUCACACAGAUGAACCACAUCCCCAUGCACAUUGAUCACGACCGGAACAUGGACUGGGUCUCCACCCAGCUCCAGGCGACAUGCAAUGUCCACAAGUCUGCCUUCAAUGACUGGUUCAGCGGACAUCUCAACUUCCAGAUUGAGCACCAUCUCUUCCCUAUGAUGCCUCGACACAAUUACCAUAAAGUGGCCCCCCUGGUGCAAUCCCUGUGUGCCAAGCAUGGCAUAGAGUACCAGUCCAAGCCCCUGUUCUCAGCCUUCGCCGACAUCAUCUACUCACUGAAGGAGUCUGGGCAGCUCUGGCUAGAUGCCUACCUUCACCAGUAACGACUGCCACUCCUCCCCCCACCCGGAAGAGAUGUCUGUCUUCACCGAUAACACCAGCCCACCGGGAAGGGGAGUCUGCACCAAAGCAGAGGGGAGCUUAUGGGACAAUGCCACUAUAAUUCUAAUAUUCAAAGGGGGUGGGUUUGAGGAGACAAAGGCUCUGACUCAAGCCCUCCCCCCCCCGCUUUAUCUUCCAGGCACAGAUUUAAGACCCAAAGGGGUAGGGGACCGUGCAUGCCUUCUGGAAGGAGCGAUGGGCCUGAUGGGGCAGAGAUGUGACAGUUUUGUUUCCUUUUUCUAGUUUGGCAGGUGCAGAUGGUUGGUGAGCAAAGAAGGGGGUCCAAGGGUGUUGGAAGACUAGGGAGGACCUAUUGAGCCCAGAGAUCAGGAAGAGAAUGAGCAUAAAAAUUCCACCCGGGGGUGCCUGGGUGGCUCAGUCGGUUAAGCAGCAGACUCUUGACUUCGUCUCAGGUCGCAAUCUCACGGUUCCUGAGUUCAAGCCCCGGACUGGGCUCUGCAUUGACAGCACAGAGCCUGCUUGGGAUUCUCUCUCUCUCUGCUCCUCCCCUGCUCACAUUCACUCACUCACUCUCAAAAUAAACAAAUAAACAUUAAAAUAGACAAAUAUAUAAAAUUCCAGCCAGCAAAGGGGUGAGCCCAUCUCACUGGUCCGCUUCUCAGUGCCUUCACCCUCACAUGCAAACCUCAGAGGUUCGCAGGCUGGUGGGAGACAGAGCAGCUGAACCUUCCGAGCAAGAUUUAGAAAGGAAGGGUUAGUGCUUAGAUUUGAGGCCUGGCAUAGCACACUGGGAGGCUCAGCCUACUCUAGGGCUAGGGGGGACCUAGGUCUGCCUCAGGCUGCUGGAGAAGCACUUUUCCCACUUGUAGAAGUGGGCAGGGCAAAGGCCAGGGCUGUGGUAAUGGAAACAUCUGACUUUAAAGGAUCCUGGCCCUACUGGUUUUGAGCUCAUGGUCCAGCCAGGGCACCCAGGGAGCAGUAGGUCCUCGGUCUCGCCAAAACAGCAGAAAGAGUUGCUGGCCACUCGGAAUCCCUUUACCUUGGGUUCACCUCUUGCAACCACCACCCAAGGAACAGGACACUUCUAGGAUGGGGAGUCCAUUUCUUGAUCCAUAAGCAAGUGACCACAUGGGGCAACUGAAUCUUCUCCCUUUGAAACAAAUGAGGGCCCCCAGGGGUUUCCCUCUGCCUUCCUACCUGUAAUUAAUUCCAAGUUUAAUAAAGUAGUUAGCACAAGUGGACCACAUUGGGAGACCCUGAAUUACCAGUCACCAGGAAACCACAGAUUGUAGUCCUAAAGAAUAGAAGGGCCGUAAGACAUUGUCUACAACCUAACUUAUGUUACAGUAUUCCUUCUGAGUAGGAACAGUGAAUUAAAUACAAUCACUUCAUAGUUCUAAACCAGAGAUAGGAAGAUAAAACACAAGUUUUGUGAGCUAUCUACCCUCAGCCGUUCAAGCAUCCUUCCCAGCCGGAGACCAGGCAGGAAUUUAGGACAAUCUCUUUAAAAAGCCCACCAGUGUAAUUCCGAAAUACAAUUUUUAAAUCUGGUUCUUAACCGUUUAAGCCAUCUCUAGACCGGACGAAGGAAUGCACUCAGGAGCCUGCCUUAAUUGCCAGGGUUUGUCGAUCUGCCUUCAACACCUUCCCUCCUCACAUCCACACCUUCAGUGCCGACGGGGGUGGGGGGAUUAGUUGCCUGUUCAACAGCAUCUACUCUAAGGGCAUUGAGCAUUGUGGAUACAGAGAGGAGCAAACUUCAAAGUAGAAGGAAAAAGAGCCCUAGGAGAGUCCACACUUAGUUUUAGGAGAGAAUAAAGAUCAUCUUAAGGCAAGUUGGGGUGGGGUUCGAGGUACCACCUAUGGUAGGGCUGUUGGGAUCGCUCGAGAGGUGUGUCAAAACAAAGAUUAAAGAAGCAACGAACAUGGGGAGGACAGGUUGCCAGAGCAUACUCAGAUCUUUUCCAUUUGGCCAGAACCUGGUUUAAAACAGCCUGGGUCGAAAAAUGAGAAGUAGAAUUGAAACGUUCUACUUUCGUUGGCUUCCUCACUCCAGAAUAGGUACUGACCCUUCCCUAUCCCCCUGGUUCCCUGCUACCUAGGGUUUCAGCGUGGGGUCACCAGCCUGUCGAGCCAUCCGGCUGCCAAGCUGAGCAAACCCAGUGAUGCUUACUGAGCCAAGGCCGGGCCCUCGAAGCACUUCAACCACCGUGGCCUUCUCUCCUUAACCUAGACCGGUGUGGUCUCACGUGGCCAGAGGGACACCCCAGUGACAAAAGGCUUAGACCGUUACAACAGUAACAGGAGUAAUUUCAAAUCCAAGCAGUGACACGAGAAAACAGGCUCAAAGACCAUACGAGUCACCGCCAGUCACAGACUGGCAAAACUAACCUUUGAACUCCCGUGUUCUAGAGUUCCGGGCUCUAUGUGCAUCUUUGUUUCUUGAAUUAGGCCGACAUCCGUGUCCUUUGUGUUGAUGUUACUACAUCUCCAAGAAGUAAAGCUGAAAAAUAAAGUUAAUUUUGACCACCUGAA